AUGACCAUCCAACCCUGGCACGAAAAAGCCCUCGCCAAACAAGCCACCGCGGCAUCCAAAAUCCCCCCCGAAUGGCGGCUCCCUGAGUCAAUCCAGGCCCAACUCACCUCCGACCCUGGUCUGAACUGUCUCGACAUCCCAGCCCAAAGCGGCCUCCUCACGGCCCGCGAACUCGCCAUUACCACGACAGAAGACGCCACUGCCCUCCUCGCCAAAAUCGCCAACCAAGAAUACACCGCGGUGGAAGUCACAACAGCAUUCAGUAAACGCGCAGCAAUAGCGCAGCAACUCACCAGCUGUCUCACGGAGACAUUCUUCGAUGUGGCCCUCACCCGCGCGAAAGCGCUCGAUGAGCAUCUUGCCUCAACCGGCAAGACAGUCGGGCCUCUGCACGGCCUACCCAUCAGUCUCAAAGAUGGGUUCAAUGUAGCUGGCAUCCCGUCGACGUUGGGCUUCGUCUCUUUCAUAGAUAACCCGGUCCCGACGACUAACUCCCCCCUCGUCGAUAUCCUCCUCGCUGCUGGUGCCGUGAUCUACGUCAAGACGAAUAUCCCGCAGACGUUAAUGAUCGCCGAGUCGCAUAACAAUGUCUUCGGGCGGGUGUUGAAUCCUCACCGACUCAAUCUGGCAGCAGGGGGCAGUUCAGGUGGCGAAGGCGCGUUAGUCGCGCUGCGGGGGUCGCUGUUAGGCGUGGGCACUGAUAUCGGGGGCUCGAUCCGUAUCCCCGCGUUAUGCUGUGGGGUGAUUGGGUUUAAGCCGAGUGCAGGGAGAGUUCCAUUUGUGGGACAGACGAGUCCAGCCAGACCUGGUCUUGCGGGGAUAGCGCCUGUGGCUGGCCCGUUGUGCCAUUCUGUUCGCGAUGCGGACUUGUUCUUCAAAGUCGUCGCCGACUCACGGCCCGAGGAUGUCGAUGACCAGGUGCAUGGGCUUCCGUGGUCGAGUCCCACCACGCCGCUUAAGUCGUCGCUGACGAUCGUGAAGAAGCUGUCCGCCGCGGGCCAUCGGAUCGUCGAUUUAACCGGGAAAUGUCCCUCGAUGAAGGAGAUAAGCGAUAUCGCCAUGGGAUUCUUCCAGAUGGAUCCUGACAGGACAGCACUGGGCCACCUCGCAGCCAGCGGGGAGCCCUGGGUCCCAUCUUUGAAAUACACGUAUGAUCCUAGCGGGGCCGGUCCAGAGCCGACAUUGCGACAGCUGUAUGACCUGAACGUUCAGAAGGCGGGUGCUACCGCGGCGAUAAGAAAGGUGUUCCUGGAUAAUCAGCUUGACGUGAUACUAGCACCGGGGCAUCAGAGCUGCGCGCCUGUGCAUGAUACGUUUAGGUUGCCGAUCUAUACGAUGCUGGCGAAUUUGGUAGAUUAUCCGGCAUGUAUUAUUCCAUUCGGGACGGCUGAUGAGGCGGCUGAUGCCGAGUUCGUUCGUGAUAUCGAAUACAUUCCUAAGUAUACCCCGAAAGAGGUCGAAGGCGCUCCAUGCCAUGUCCAGCUCAUUGGAAGACGAUUGAAAGACGAACUAUUGGUGCAGCAUAGUAAGGUUGUCGAGGGUGUGCUGAAGGGUAAGUGA